UUUAUUUUGAAAAAACAUAUUACCGUAAUGUGUAGUUUAUGCACACACACAUCAAUAUAUCGUGCUGUUUUUCCGUAUUAACCCAAUGGAUCGUUUAAUCGUCUUCUGCUUUGUACUGAUCAUGGACGGUGUGUUUGGUGCUAAUUUUACAGUGUCAGUGAUGAAGGGAGAUGAUGUCACUCUGUCCAUUAAUGCUGGUGAAAUAGAGGGAAAUGAAAUGCUACAGUGGAAGUUUGAAAACAAGGAUAUAGCACUCUUUGAUUUAGAAGUGAAAACUGAUCCACCGGAGUACCCUGAUAAGAGAUUCACAGACAGACUAAAUCUGGACCCUCAGACUGGAUCUCUCACCAUCAACAACAUCAGAACUGAAGACAGUGGAGAAUAUCAGCUGAAGAUCAGGGGCAUCAGAGAUAAAGACUUCAAGACAUUAAAGACAUUCAGUGUUACUGUCACUGAAGUGGAGUCAGUAUCAGUGAUGGAGGGCGGAUCUGUCUAUCUGGACACCAAAACCAAAACACAGGCAUAUGAUGUGAUAGAAGUGAAGUUUAAAAACACACUCAUAGCUAAAUUGGACAGAAGAAUCAGUCCCAUCCCAGAUCCUGUCCUUGAUGAGGGAUUCAAAGGCAGGCUGCAUGUGGAUUUGUUUGGUUCUCUCAUCAUUACACAGAUCACAACUGAAGACUCUGGAACUUAUGAUGUACACAUCACUAACAGCAAUCGUAUCAUUCACAAGAGAUUCACUCUUACUGUCACUGCCAUUGAAUCCACUUCGAGGUCACGUUGGGAGACAGCUGGUCCAGUACUAGUGAGCUUGCUGGUGAUAACUGUGAUAGGCCUGUUGUCAUAUAUAAUAUACAUCAAGAAACAUCCAGAUAAUCAGAACUACAACUACAAUCAGCAGAGAUCCAGCAGCAACAGCACAAUAGAUCAUAAUCAUAGGAUCUGGCUGAUGUCCUCCUGAUAGAGUAUAAACAACAACAACAACAACAACACAUCUUGCACCUGGUGGAUUUUUUGCAGUCGUAGUGAUACGGACAGUAGAAGAAACUGAGAAAUAUAAAGAGAAUCACAAAAGGAUGAAUAAAUCAACAGUGAAUAAAAGUGUUGUUUUAUUUGUUAGUGAGAGAUGCUGAUGGAUUUUGUGUAGACUCACCAAUGCUGACAGUAGAAGCAGCUGACAAAUACACAGAACAGAAAUGUGAAUAAAUCAACAUUAAUAAAAGUUUUAUUUUAUUUGUCAA